AUGAGUCCGCCAGUUCAACUCAUUACGACCGGCUGUAGCUUCUACGCGAUGAGCCCGCCUGCUCAGCUCACCUCGACCGGCUGUAGUAGAUUGUUUGGUGAGAGUCCGCCUGCUCAACGUCCCACCACCGAUGGUUCGCAUGCUGUGGCACCCAGCAUCGGCUCCAGAUGCGCCCCGACGCUCCCCGGGAAGCGACCGUAA